UCUCUCUCUCAGACACAACACAGCAUAGGAUCAUGUGGUAAUUAAUUAAUAAUUUAGGAGAAAAGCGGUGAUAAGAGAUUAUAAGAAGAUAUGGGGAGGGGAAAGAUUGUGAUUCAAAGGAUAGAUAAUGCGACAAGCAGACAAGUAACGUUCUCAAAGAGGAAAAAUGGUCUGCUCAAGAAGGCGAGGGAGCUAUCCAUCCUUUGCGAUGCUCAAGUCUGUGCCAUAAUCUUCUCCAGCUCUGGCAGGCUCCAUGAUUAUGCGAGCUCUAGUGUCAAGUCUGUGAUUGAACGCUACAAUAGAAUGAGAGCAAAAGACAUUGAACCGAAUCACACUUCAGAAAUCACGUUCCAGUUUUGGCAAAGGGAGGCAGAAAAACUAAGGGAACAUAUCAAUCAUCUGAAUGAGUACAACAGGAAACUCAUGGGUGAAGAGAUUUCUGGUCUGAGCGUCAAUGAUCUGAGGAAUCUGGAAAACCAACUCGAACGCAGUUUGAAAAGCGUUCGCGCUAGAAAGGAGCAGCUUCUUGCUGAUCAAAUAAGAGUCUUGACCAACAAGGUGAACCUUGUUUGUCAGGACAAUCAAGAACUGCACAAGAAGGUUGUCCUAAUCGGUCAAGAAAACAGAGAUUUGAAGACAAAGGUCUAUGAACUGUGGGAUCCGAAUGAAUCUGAUUGUGAGUGUAAGCCGGACAAAUUAGGGUAUAACCUAAACCUGCCCGUUCAUCCUCAGUUGAGCCAUGAGGAACUUUACUCUCAAGAAAGAGAUCAAGAAUCAGAAUUAUCCAUGAAACUCAGACUCCAGCUUGAUUAGGAAACUCCAAAUGAUUCUGGACGGCAACCCACUUUACACUUGUCGACCUAACAUAUAUAUAGUGACAAAACGAAGAGAGAGCGAUUUGUUUCAGACGACUUUUGUUUAAGAGGAUACGAUAUAUUCUCAGUACAUUUAUGUAAGGAUACCAUACUCGGUUACUAUUCAUCAACUAGGGCUUGAAUUGGUGCAUAAAUUUAUAAACUAUUUGUGUUGUUUUA